AUGCUGCUCAUGGACUCGGCGCGCCGCGGCGGCUGCUCCCCGGUCUGCUUGGACCUCAGCGUCGGCCUUUCGCCGUCGUCACCGGGGAGCGGCCCGGAAACGACAGCUGACGCUGAGAGGCUUGACCGUCCGCCCGCCGGCCGCCGCUGGCUGCAGGGUGACAUCGUCCCUGCCAAGACCCUGGAGGCCCGGCUCACCCAGGUCAGCGAGGAGAACCGGCGGCUCACCGAGAUGAUCGCCUACCUGUACGCCAGCCAGGUCGCGCGGCAGAGCUCCCCCGACAGCCACCACCAGGCCAGCAGCAGGAAGAGGAGCAGGGACAGCCUGGAGCCGCCGUCGAAUUCGAGCGACGGCAACGGCAACACCAAGGCGGAGCCCGGCGACCAUACCGUCGAGAGCGCCCUCACCGACGAGGGCACGUGCAGGCGGAUCAAGGUCACCAGGGUCUGCACCCGGAUCGACCCCUCCGACACCACACUCACCGUCAAAGACGGCUACCAAUGGCGAAAGUACGGCCAGAAGGUGACGCGCGACAACCCGUCCCCGAGAGCCUACUUCCGCUGCGCGUACGCUCCCUCCUGCCCCGUCAAGAAGAAGGUGCAGAGGAGCGCGCAGGACAGCUCCGUGCUGGUGGCGACGUACGAGGGUGAGCACAACCACCCGAGCCCGACGCGCGCCGGAGAGCUCCCAAGCCCCGCGACGGCGAAUGGGCCCGUGCCGUGCUCCAUCUCCAUCAACUCCUCCGGCCCGACCAUCACGCUGGACCUCACCAAGAAUGGAGGGGGCGGCGUGCGGGUGCUCGAGGCCGCCGAGGCGCCCGACCUCAAGAAGCUGUGUCAGGAGAUCGCGUCGCCGGAUUUCCGGACGGCGCUGGUGGAGCAGAUGGCGCGCUCGCUCACCAAGGAUCCCAAGUUCACCGACGCGCUGGCUGCUGCGAUCCUGCAACAGCUGCCGGAGUACUAG